UGUGUGGUGUGUGUGUUGUGUGUGUGUGUGCGUAUCACGCCGACGAGCGCCACGGGUCUCACGCGGAAGGUGCAGCGUUGCAGAAUAUCCGAACGGGGAUUUACAUGGUCCGUCGCUGCAGAGGCGCCGGCUGGCAAACAGGUUUGCAGUGCACGCAGCGGACGGCGUUUCCCCCGCACCUUAGCCUCACCCAGACCACGUCUUACUCUCGGUUCUCGCGAAACGGGAGUGCAAAACGAUAGCGUUUGUCUGUUUUUUAUACGGGAUGACCGCAGGAUCCACUCGAGACUGACACGCUCUGCGGUCGACUGGAUUACGCAGCGGGAUCAUGCGUGCGACUUGCACCCGUUAUCCAACGUCAUUUGGACCGGCUGAAUAACUGAAGUAACCGACAACAUACCCGCUGUACCCAUCACCGCAUACUAACUGGGGGAUGCCCGACAGCUGGUGACGGCGUAUCCACCUGAUCCACAUGGUACACUGAUAUUCCUCUAACCUACAAUCAUGGGGAACAGUUUCUCCAACCUCGCCGCGUUCCAGUCUCUGCACAUCGUUAUGCUCGGACUGGACUCCGCGGGGAAGACGACGGUCCUCUACCGCCUCAAGUUCAACGAGUUUGUAAACACGGUUCCGACCAUCGGCUUCAACACGGAGAGGAUACGACUCAGCAACGGCGCCGCGAAGGGAAUCAGCUGCCACUUCUGGGACGUCGGUGGGCAGGAAAAGUUGCGGCCGUUGUGGAAGUCGUACAGUCGCUGCACGGACGGGAUUAUUUACGUCGUGGACUCAGUGGACGUCGACAGGCUCGAAGAGGCCAAGACGGAGCUGCACAAAGUCACCAAGUUCGCCGAAAACCAAGGGACGCCGCUGUUGGUCAUCGCGAACAAACAGGACCUUCCCAGAUCCCUGCCCGUCGCUGAGCUCGAGAGGCACCUGGCCCUGCACGAGCUGGGCCCUUCGACCACCUACCACGUCCAGCCCGCGUGCGCCAUCAUCGGCGAGGGCCUGCACGAGGGCAUGGACAAACUUUAUGAGAUGAUUGUCAAGCGCAGGAAAUCCUUGAAACAGAAGAAAAAACGAUAAGCGCCGGUGCACUGGAGCGCCCGUGGCCCUGGUGCGCUCUGGCACGCUUCCGCGCUCGACGUUGAUGGAUUUGCGACCCUGCCGCUGCGUUGCGUGUAAAGACGCUGCUGCUGCGUGCUGAUUCAUGUUCUGUUCAAAAUAAUUAACCAAAUUACUAAAGGCCGUUAAAAAAAAAAAAAAAACGACGUGAAACGCAGCCAAACUGAAAUGCAAAUGGAAAGCAAAAACGGGCAGGCCCCCGUUCUGUAGCUGCUUGACUUAUUCUGUAGAAUGUAGCUCAGUGAUUUAGUUAAUGGCUUGUAACAACUUUAUGAAACCCCACACAAUGCUUGAACCCUCUCUGUGAUAAUGACGAAGUUAUUAUUAUUAUUAUUAUUAUUAUUAUUGUAUAUUUUGUUUUUAUCACAUUAAAGAAGACACUUUCAGUAGUUAACCAGUAGUUAACACCAAACCCAGAGUGACAAAUGAAGAGAAACCUAUGAAGACAGUCAGCAGGUGUCUAGAACAUACUCAUCCUGAUUGGGUAAUAUGCAGUAAGGAUAAUAUUUUUUAUGUUAAUAAUGCAUUUCUAUUGUUUUAUUAUUACUUAUUUUAUAUAUGCACCAUUGGAUAUGAGGCCAUGUAUUAUUGAUCCAGGUAGCGGAAUGGAUUGCUUACGCAGAAAUGAAGCUAAAAGCUUAAUAAAUUGACCCAAACUA